AUGAAUCCAUCAUUCAAUACCUUCUUGGCUCUCGUGUUCGGUGUCCUCGUCAUCCUUGUAGCAUGGACGACAUUCUACGCGACUCCGCAAGGGACAUCGUCAGCACAGAAUGGACCGUACGAUCACGACCAACGUCACAGAUUAACCCAAGCUGCCAGUUCCGACUUCGUUUUGACCCGUGUAAAGAAGAAUGAUCUCGACAAAAUUGGAACUAUGCUGGGGAACAUGGUAGAAGCGCUAGAAAAACCCAAUUCCAUGGUAGAGCCGGCCACAGCAUUAUCUUCUCAAAGUUCCGCGGACCAAAGCAGAAACACGGUGCUGGUCGAUGUUACUGGUACGGAUGGAGAGAUUCUCAAAAUCAUUCUUGACUCGUACGGUUGCAAAAGAACUGGCUGCUAUGGAAACAGCUGCUCCGCUUACGCACCCGUCGACCGGCUUGUCGCUAUCGCAGGCAGCGAUGUUGUCCUUGAAUUGCACCCCGCGCUACCCAAGACAAACAGCGGAUCCAUUGUUACCGAAGGAGAUCGAGCCAUGGACGCCGACGAUGCUCGAACCCAAUUUGGUGUAUCAGGAGAGGGGAUUCUCGUAGGAAUUUUGUCUGACUCUUACAACUGCCUCGGGGGUGCAGCUGGUGACAUUUCAAGUAAAGACUUGCCCGGUGGACAAAACGACAUUGUUAUUCUUCAAGAUUUAGAAGGCGACGAAUGCGCAUCGGCAAAGGAUGAAGGGCGAGCUAUGAUGCAAAUCAUUCACGAUGUUGCGCCCGGCGCACGCUUGGCCUAUCGAACGGCGUUUCGGGGGACUUCUGAUUUUGCGUCUGGUAUUCGGGAGCUUGCCCAGGCUGGAUGCGACAUUAUUGUUGAUGAUAUAGGGUACUUGACCGAGCCAUUUUUUCAAGACGGAGACAUUGCGCAGGCCGCUGAUGAAGUUGUCGCCCAGGGAAUUCCGUUCUUUUCUUCCAGUGGAAACUAUAACGAGUGGACGUGGGAUGAUCCAAAUGGGUUCCGAAGCUCUGGACAAACUUUUACCGAUGGUGAAAGCUCAGGGGAUCGCCAUCUCUUCGAUGGAGCUGUAGCAUCUCAGUCAAUUUUUAUCGAAAACGCAAAUUCUGUUUACAGCUUCACUUUGCAGUGGGAUGAACCCUUUAGAUCUGUCCCGGGUUCUCAGAUUGGAAGCGCCAGCAAUCUCGACGUAUUCUUUCUCGUCAAUGGUAACGUCAUCGCUAGGAGCACCGACAAUAACAUCGACAGAAAUGCUGUCGAAUUUCUUCAGGUCAAUCCCUCAACCAUAGCUGGAGUGAGUGGCGACACAGUCGAGUUAGAGAUGAUCAUAACUCUUGUCGAAGGUCCGGCUCCAAGCUUUGUGAAAGUGAUUUCUUUUAACGAGGCUGAGUUCGAGUUUUCUGCCAGCACGGGUACAUCCUUUGGUCAUCCAAAUGCUGGUCGCGCCGCAGGAGUCGGUUCGGCCGUAUUUGCGAAUACACCCGAAUUCGGCCGUGAUCCUCCAUUGAUCAACGCCAAUUCAUCUCCUGGCGGUAUUCCUAUCUUUUUUGAAAACUCGGGAAGCCGACUUGGAGCUGCAGUUGUUCGGUCUCAACCGAGAUUUGUAGGCCCCGAUGGGGGACGAACGACUUUUUUCGGUAACGCGCCUGAGUUCCGAUUCUUUGGAACCUCCGCUGCCGCACCACACGCUGCGGCGGUAGCAGCCCUGAUGCUAGAGAUCAAUGAUUCUCUAACACCGGACGAGAUUUACACAAUUUUGCAAGAGACUGCAAUCGAUAUGGAAGAUCCCAAUACGUCUGAAUUUGAGGUAGGAUUCGACUUCCGUACUGGGCAUGGGCUAGUGAAUGCACUCGAGGCUGUGAGAAGGGCUGAACCAAUCACACCAGGUGAACCCACAAUCCAGCCAACCGCCCAACCAUCCAGCAUACCAACGGUGACUUCGAUGGACGCUCCCACUACAGGAGAUGACGAGCCCACAAGUCAGCCAACGUUUGAGCAAGCUGCUAUUUCCGAUGUACCGAGCAACAGUCUUUCUUUGGCUCCCACAGGUAGCACACUUCUACCUACAAACCAGGCGACGACUGUGGCUCCAACUUCGUCGACCAGCUUUCCAACAGGCAGUCCAAUGACCUUCUUACCUACCGCGAUACCACCGACGCUCCAGCCUACUGUCACAUCGACAUCAAUACAGCUGAAUCUCAACAACUUUUUGUUGACUCUUCUAGGUACAAACAUAAACGAAGAAGCCUUGCGCCAGAGCCUUAUUGAAUACUUGUUGCAAGAGCUGUCGAAGGAUUUCCCAGAUCUGCUGAGCAUUUCGUUAGAUCUUGUAUCAUUUACGGAGCUCGGGCCCAAUCAACUUGCGCUAGUGGAGUAUUCGGGCUUGGCCACAUUUCCAGAAAACAGUGUGGUUUCGCUCAAGGAGUUGCUCAAAGCCCAAACAGAAGCUUUAAAACAUUUUAGUGAUGUUGAGGCGGCGAUCGUUGCUGGAGGGAACGAUGUACGAGUUGUAUCGAUCGAGGUCGAUCAUGGGAGCUCUUCUAAGGGAAAGUCAAGCAACAGCACGACAAUGAAAAGUUCAAAGAGUGGGAGGGGCAAGGGAAAAGCAAAAGGAUCUAGCAGCCGCGACUCGACGAGCUCGAAAACUGGAGGCAACGGGUCGACGAACGGAGGUAAAGGAUCGAUAAAUGGAGGAAAAGGAUCAAACGGAUUGCGGAUCUAA